ACCAUGUGUGUGUCUCGACUGGUUUUGCUGUUUGGGCUGCUGCUAUGUGUGGGGGCUCAGCUGUCCAACGGCCAGCACUGGUCCCAUGGUUGGUACCCUGGAGGCAAGAGAGAGCUGGACUCUUUCGGCACGUCAGAGAUUUCAGAGGAGAUUAAGUUGUGUGAGGCAGGAGAAUGCAGCUACUUGAGACCCCAGAGGAGGAGUAUUCUGAGAAACAUUAUUUUGGAUGCUUUAGCCAGAGAGCUCCAGAAGAAAAAGUGA